UGUUUUCUGUCAUUUCUGUUGGAAGUGUUUUGAUUCCGGAAUUUUCAGGGAAUUUUCAAUGUUGUGCUCUUGCUCUUGUGCUUGUGAUGGUUUCAGUCAUUCAGUCAUGUUAUCAUUCUUAAUAUGAAAACACGUAAAAGUACUAUGCCUAGUAGUGACCAUUCAUCACUCAAACCUACUUUGUGAAGUGAUUUCAGGAAUAAAUAUAAAUCCUUCUGAUAUUGGUACCCUAACUUUAGGGACAAAACAUUCCGAACAAAAGUCAAAAUGGGCAAAAUGAGGAGCAAAGCCACAGUCAGGCCCAACCAGAACCUGCUGCAACGCAGGCAAUGUACCAUAUACGAUCCCGAGUUCAAAAAAAUCGUUGCUCUUUACGCCGAACAAUACGGCACUGGUAAGGCUAAAAGUAAAUUCAGCGUGAACGAAUCUAACAUCAGAAGAUGGCGGCGAGUUAUAAAGAACGCCGGCAUUGUGAAUAUUCUGGAAAAACCCCCGGAAAAACCGGGGCCAGUUGAAACUCCAGAGGAGCAACCAGCCUCGCAACCAGCGGCAGUCAAAGGCAAGAAAACUUCGAAAAACAUUGUGAAGGCUGGUGGAGUCAAGAAUGCUUUAGACUCCAUGCCGCUGCAGCAGCGCCUCCAAGCGCCUCCCUCCACCACCGACCUGGAGCCGGUCCUGCACAGUCAGCCAUUGUCGCCCACCAAGCUCAAGGUCACGCGGCACUCCAAACCAACCCCUUCCGCCUCUUUGCCACCCCCCACGCCGCCGCCUAUUGUGGAGGAGAUCAGCCUCAAGUGGAACGGCCACCACUCCAACAUGCAGACUUCUUUUCCCGGUUUGUUGCUGCGGGAGCAGUAUGUUGAUGCGACGUUGGUGGCCGAAGGGCAGAGUUUGAAGUGUCACAGGGUUAUUCUAUCAUCCUGUAGCACCUAUUUUGAAGAAGUUCUUGCCAGUAUCAGCCCCUAUCAACACCCAGUGCUCUUCAUGAAGGAUAUCCCAUUCUGGAUCCUGAAAUCCCUGUGCGAUUACAUGUACGCUGGAGAAGUCCACAUUCUUCAAACCAAACUGCAAGAACUCUUAGCAGCUGCAGAGAAUCUGAAAAUAAAGGGCCUUACUGAGAACCCAGCACCUGAUCCAGCAGUGAAAACAGAACCGCAAGAUUUCAUAAAGGAGGAAAAGAAAGACGAGGAAGAAGUGAAGAAAAAGGAAGAAAAAGACCCGAGAAAGAAAGAAGAAACAAGGAAGAAGGAAGAAAGAGAGGUGAAGAAGAAAGAGGAGGUGAAGAAGAAGGAGGAAGUGAAAGAGGUGAAAGAUAAGAAGAGAAAUCAGGUCACCCCUCCACCUGAUAUGCCGGUGUUGAAGAGCGCCAAACUGUCAAAAGUGACGCAACACACUGAAAUGCCCAAUCUGUCAAGGAACGCUAAAGGCUCGAGGGCCGGAGUUUCACGAAGAACUGCGAAGAGAGCCGAAAAAGUCGAGAUUGCACCCAAAGAACCUAGCAGCUUGUUCCUGGAUCCGUUGGACUUGCUGGAACCUGUUUACGAGGAAGUUACCAAGGAACCUUCCAACACCAGCACCCCUAAAGAAACGAAAACUGUUCCUGUCAGAAGGAGUUUUCCUAAAAAGCUCAAGAAGAGGAAGAUUAGUAAUGACAGAGAAGAAUCUCCACAGCCAGUUCUAUCGAAAAAAGGCACCAGAUCUCGCCCUAACCGAAAAGUCCCCAAAUUCUACCACUCCAACUUCGACAAUUCGACUAUCGUACGGGAACCCCACACAGACCAGGCAGACCCGCUGAUGCAGCUGCAAGAAAUCAAAUCGGAGCCCCUUUAUCUGGAAGAAAACACCAUCGAAAUCGAAGACAAUCUAGUCGGCUUCAGCGAACAAGACAUCGCCAUCGAAGAAGAAAUCAUGGGAGACUAUGACAGCCCCAUAGUCAAUUUCACCAGGGGCAAAACCGAAGAGGUCGAUUUAGGUCCCCAACCCAUUAUCGAGGGUAAAACAGAGAACACUUUGAAGAUCGUUAAUGUCGAAGAUAUAAGAGGAGCCACCUGUCAUAAGAGCGUUUAUUCUGCAGAAGAAGAUCCACUUCAAGUGCAGAAUGUUAUCGAAAGCAAUGAAAAUUCCUUGGGGUUUCGUAUCAGUGAGGUGGUAACUGAAAAGGAAUAUUGCAGGGCAGCGGAUGCCUACAAGGACUUGGGGUUCCAGAUUACCAAUGUAGUGAGUGAGAAAGAAAAUGGCACUGGCGUAGAAGAAGAAACUAGGGCAUGUAGUGAAAUUGCUUUCCGAAUUUCCAAUGUACAAACUGAAGUGGAAGAAUCUGCAGAAGAUAUUAAAGGAAAUGAAGAUGAGAGUUGUGGCAGCGGACACCAAGAACUGAAGGUUGUAAAGGAACAUUUUGGGAAUACUGAAAAAGAAGUGCCAAAAGAAACCCAGGAAAAAACUACACCCGAAUCUGAACAUUCCAAAAACCUUCUAGAUGAUGGAAUGAAAGACACAAGUCUGUAUAAUACUCCUUUGGAAGCAAGUGAAAAGGAUGAUGAAACUCCAGCAUUUAUAGGCUUCCAAAAUACUGAUGUCCAAAGCACACUGAAUGAUCCGGAAAAAAUGGAGGUAGAUGAAGAUUCAGAGAUGAUAGCUACUGAAGAUAGUUUUCAAGUUGAAGAACAACAUGAAAUUUCCACUGGAAAUAUGAAGGAAAAUCCGUGUUCAACAAUGGACAUAGAUAAUGUUGAGAGUAAUAGUUUGGAAAACUUUGCUGAUGCACCAGAAGGCCAGACUGAAACAGAAAUGGAACUUGGAGAUAUAAUGACAAAUACUUCGACACAGCAAGAGAGGAUAUCCAGUGAAGAUUCGUCUCAAUGCCCCAAGGACUCUCAUCUUACUUCCUCACAAAGUCAACCCACAUGGGAAAUGACAGAGUUUGGUUGUAAUGUCAGUUUAGCAAGUGUUGAAACUCCUGACGAACCUAAGGAUAUCACUCCAGGUGAGGCUGAAGUUAGCCUCUCAGAGUUUGGCUGUCAUAGCAACUCUGAGUGUAUGGAAAAUCCUUCACAGUUGAGGCCCACAGAACCAGAGUGUUCAAAAACUCCUGAGGAACCUUCAGAUAUUAGUCCAAGUGAGGCUGAAUUCAACUCAACAGACUUUGGUUGUGCUAAGAAUACUACAGAACCAGACUGUCCUGAAACUCCUCAGGAAUCUCCAGAUAUUAGUACAAAUGAGGCUAACCUCAACUUAGGCUUUGGCUGUCAUAACAACCCAGAGUGUAUUGAAAAUCCUGCAGAACCGAGAACCACAGAGCCAAAUUGUUCUGAAAUUCCUAAGGAACCUCCAGAUAUCCAACCAAAUGCAGCUAAGCUUAUCUCAACAGAUUAUAUUGAGAAUCCUACAGAACUUAGGCCCACAGAACCAGAGAGCUUUGAAACACCUGCAGAACCAAAUGAAGAAAAAUUAAUCACAACCGAGUUUGGUUGUCUUGGCAACCCAGAGUAUACAGAACUGAGGCCCAAAGAACCAGAGCCAGAGGGCUUUGCAACACAUAAAGAACCAAAUGAGGACGAAUCCAACUCAACACAGUCUGGUUGUCAUAGCAACCCAGAAUAUGUUGAAAAUCCUACAGAACUAAGGCCCACAGAACCACAGUGCUCUGAACCUCUCGAUAUCUGUCCAAGUGACAAUCAAUUCGGCUCAACAGAGUUUGGUUGUCAUAGUGACCCAGGAUAUGUUGAAAAUCCUACAGAACUGACGCCCACAGAACCACAGAGUUCUGAACCUCUUGAUAGCAGUCCAAAUGACAAUGAACUCGACUCAACAGAGUCUGGUUGUCAUAGCAACCUAGGAUAUGGUGAAGAUCCUACAGAACUGAAGCCCACAGAACCAGAACUUCCUGUGAUCUCUCCAACAGAGUUCGGUUGUCAUAGCAACCGAGAGAGUAUGGAAAACCCUGCAGAGCUGAGGCCUACAGAACCAGAACCGGAAGUUAUCAAUCCUGCUGGGUUUGGGGCAGUCGAGGAGAAAAUGGACUUCUUCUCCUCCGAUGAGUGUCUACAGGGGUUUUCGCCGGACGAACCGGGUUUCCACAUUGCGCAGCUCGCCAUAGAGCAAAUCGCUCAGAACGAGGAGGAACACAGGCUUCGGGAGGUGGAGAAGAAGAGCAGCAGCUCGACCAGCAACGAUUUGGAGACGAUCGUGAACGAUCUGACGAAAAUUGUUGGAGGGUCGGGAUCUGCGGGCGAAGAAGAAGACUCUAGUGCCAUAGCCGAGUCUCUUGAGAAUCUCCUGAACGAGUAAGUAGGUAUUUGUAUGGACUUUAUUGUGACAGUGUACAGGGUCUCCCUCGUUUUUGGACUAGAUGGGGGACUAGAAUAGCAAGGAAUGCAAAUCUAGGAUUUCACAGUGAUUUUUCAAUGAUAACAAACUAACCUCCAUAUCAUCAUACCAAAUGUUCUUUUUAGCAGCUACGGCGUUUAAAUUGGAUUUUUCUUCAAGAUUUUGUUGAGUUCAAUCAAAAUCCUUUAUUUGGCUUCCAUUAAUUCACAGGUUUUGUGAUCUAGGAUGUUGUAGUAUUCAUUCAUGAAAAAUGUCUCUUAUCACAAAAUCAGUGAAGAAAUUCUUGUCAAAGAAUCAGUAAUUCUGCAUGAACAGAAUGAGAUAAUUGAGCUGAAACUCGUAGAUAAUGAUUCAAUAGUUUCAAAGAGUAUCAAUGAAUACACAAGUAAGUCAAAAAUCAGGUAAUGAAUGUGGGAAUCAUUGAAGGGAGUAUUUAGUGGCAUACUCAAAAAAAUCUUUUGACUUAUCAACAGGUGUUUCCGAAAUUGGGGAGAUCAAUGAAAUGGAUGAUAGGAAACGAAAAAAUGAAACGAAAUGAAAGAAUGCAUUUUUGGCAAAAAAAAUAUUUUGGGAUAUAUUGAGCUUCAAAGUUUGCCUGAAACUUGUAAAUCAUUGAUGAGAGGUCAAUAGUCCAACUCAAGCGUUGGCUUUCGGCGAAAUCACAAGCACCGACUUUUGCAAUGUUGCCAGACGGUCAUUAUCAUUCUGGGACACACUAUAUACUAGUUGAUUUUUUGUUGGUUCUUUAGUAAUAUUUCUUUCAUCUGUCGUAUUUCACCUUUCUUGAUUUUGAAUCCUUGGAAGUUCUUGCAUAGUUUUUUCAACAUCCAAUGUACGCGUCAUUUUAUUUAUU